CCCUCUGCCCUGAUCUCCCCCCCCCCCCCUCCCCUCCCUCCACUCUCUCCUCCCCCCCACCACCACCUUCCACCUCUCCUCUCUGCCGGAAUGUCGCGCAGGAAGCAGAAAUUUCCCGUCCACCUCAAAAAUGAGCAGCUAGAGGGAGGAGAGACUGGCAGAGAAGACUGUAAAUCACCUGAGAAACUAGAGGAAAGCCCUUUGGACACUAAUGAUUGGGAGAAGUUAGACAUUGUGCCAAGUGGGGAUGUGCGUGUGCCAGUUAACGGACAGGUUGUACAUUUACCAGUCUCCUCACACAGCCCAGUGAGUGCUACCGGCCUUUGCUUCGGAGCAGCUACCCCAGCUUCUGUCCGUGUUAUGUUAAGUGGGCCAUCCAAAAGAAACUUAAUUAUGCCAUCAGGGGUGAACUAUAGUGGGUCGUCACACAGAAGUCUGACCACACCACUAAGUGUGACAUUAAGUAGCUCUACGUCCAAUUCUGUAAAAAGUGCCAAAAAUGGAUUAAGUGGCCUUGGUGCCCAUCAGCAUGAGGCACCAAGUCCACCCUUGAGUAGCAGUGCCAUAACUUUACUAACAACUGUGACCACCAGUGCCAAUUUAAAAAGAGUGCCAGCAGUAGAUGAUAUUAAGAAAGAAAGGGGAAAGUUGGACGAUGACAGCAGUCGAGGGAAGAGCCCUGCUGAGUUGCCCUACACGUGUCCUGUCUGUCAAGAGCCUUUUAAAUCAAAGCGAUCAUUUAAUGCACACAUCAUUGUCCACUGCCAGCUGGUGAAUGGCUCCAGCAGCACGUGUAAGCGUGCCAUAGACCUUUCUGCUAGUCCAUCGCCCGAUAAAAAGCGAUUACGAGAAAAUGCAUUAAAUGAACAGAUGGAGUCGGUUCAACGUGAAUUUAUCGCUCCAGUGGAGGACAUGAGCUUACCAUUGGAUUUAAGCUGCCGAGGGUCAAUGGCAACGAGGAAUUGUGAGAGACCGGCGGCAUCGUCAACGCCAGAGCCAAAAGGGUGCAUUAAAAUCCAAGAGAAAGACGAUGCAUUCAGCCCACCGUUAUCAGAACACGACCCAACAGAGACAUUCAAUCACUCUGUGCUGUCUGAUCGUGGGCCACUAGAGGAUGAGAAUGAAAAUUUAGUGAAUGAAGCCCGAGAACGGGAGAAAGCAUUUUUUAAUAUGGCUCAGAAUGAGCAGUAUUUAACAGAGGAUUCUACGGGCUUGGAUCCUCCCCCACCUCUCCCACUUUAUGGUGCUGGGGGUGUUGUGAGACAUGUGCGAGUGAGCAGCGAUGAUGGGCCUCCUAUGGUGUACAGUGUUCGGCUCCAUGCAGAGCAGGUGUUGGUGUCAAGAAUCCUGGGUGUUAAUGAUGAAACGGGUGACAAGAUCGAGCUUUACAAGUGUUUUAUGUGCAGCGUUGCAUUCCCAUCAGUGUCGCGGCUACAAGCUCACCUCUCUCAACACAAGCAGAGAUUUGUCUGUUGUAAAUGCAGCUUCUCGUGUGACUCUAGAGUCCAGUUCUCUUAUCAUGUUCAGCGUGAACAUCUCUCCCCAGCAGUUCAGUCUCGCAGAGAUAAAGUAGAUGCACGAUGUGACAUGAGCGACGACUCUAGUAGUGCGGAGAACACUGUCACUGUGGCUGCACUCCUAUCAGCUUUAAGAGAAAAGGCUCAGGAGAACAGACCUCUAAAUUUAACGCCAAAGGACACAUACGAGGAGGAAGAAGAUGAUCACGGGAGUGAAGAUUCAUAUCCUGUAUCUCCUUCUUCGGAAUCACAAGAAGCUGGAGAUCUACAAGAAGGGGGCAGUGGAGAGGAUCUCUUCAAGAUGUACACGUGCAGGUUUUGUGGCAAGAAGUUUGAUCGUGCUUUUUCCUGCAACCGCCAUGAACGUGUGCAUACAGGUUACAAACCAUGUUUUUGCCGUGUUUGUGGACGGGGCUUUUCCGAACCGAGGAAUCUCAGGCACCAUGUCAUUCGUUUUCAUAGUGAUGGAUCCUUGCGCCAUCUCAUUAAGAGGGACAGGCGUAAGAAAGGUGACGAGGAUUCACCGACUCCCUCGGUGUCCCCCGUACCUCUAAAAUAUCCUGAAAGUCGACUAAAGGAUGUCCUAAAAGAAACGGCAAAUAAGCUUAUCUCUAGUUCGAAUAUUGAUAUGUCUGGACUCUCAGGGAAGACUAAUGGGUUAGAAAUUACACUUACUAGUAAAACACUCAGUGACACGGCUAGUAAUUACGAUGAUGGUAUCAAAAGAGGAGUGAUUCGGUCACCCACCCCUCCACAAGCAGACUUGGCAAAGGAACAUGCAGCAGGUGACGUUACGGCAGCAGUCACCACAUACACUACCAACCUCACCAAAAUUAUUGCCGCCUCACUUGACAAUUCAACACGUGGGAGCAGACGUCACCCUGUUUUCAUCGACAGUUUCCGUAACGAUGAACUCGAACCCGGAGAAAUUAGAUUGGACCGACGUACAAAGAUUAUUGAUGACGGAGAGAGUGGACGGCGGUUGGUUAUUGCAGAUGACCAGUCUGACGAGAGCCUCGACCAUUCACCGCAUUUCUCCAAUUAUGCUCCAAGACUCAACAUCAUACAAGAACCCAUAGACAGAGACAAGGCUCUGAUGCCAAUCACUGAUGACAUAGGACGAACGUUCUUCGAAUGUCCUUAUUGCCACAAGCUCUUUGGCAGUACUUCUGAUAUGAACCGGCAUCUGGACUUUCACGAAGAUCUGAGGCCCUACAACUGUGAAUACUGUGACUACUCGGCACGAACCAACAGCCAGCUUAAGGUGCACAAGAUGCGGCACGAAGGUAUAAAAUUGUAUAGUUGCGACGUCUGCAAUUACAAUGGUGUAACUCAGAGUGACCUGAAUAGACACAAGAAGACACAAAGUCAUAUUGCACGUAGCCAGAAUGUCUGCUCCAUGUGUGGACUUGGUUUCUAUACAGCAUCUCAGAAGCAGGUCCAUGUGGUACAGUGUCACCCAGAAGUGGAAGGAGCAUCAUCACUGAUUCAAAUGAGUUUAGGACCUCCAGUUGCUCCACUGCUUUCGAGCUCGGAGUACUUUCCUCUCACCUCCACGACCCCUGCUAAUGCUCCUCCUCCUCCACCUGCAACAGCAACAGCUCAAUAGGAAUCCAAGAAAUGCAAAGCUGAAAGGUAAAAGCUGGAGAAUGAGUGAAGUCAUUGAUAUGACUAGUGGAUGUGUUCCAGUGGUGUGAUUCACUAACGAAAGAGUUCAAAUGAUGUGAUCUAUUAUCGCAAGGGUUCAAGUGAUGUGAUCUACUAUCGCAAGGGUUCAAGUGAUGUGAUCUACUAUUGGAAGAGUUCAAGGCAAGUGGUGCAAUCCACAUUACAUACAAAUAUAAUUAUUAUCCACAGUUUUGUACAAAAUAUUUUUUAGGUAGAGGAUUGCUGUGGAGAAAUUCUAAAUAUGGAUAUUUGCUUGAAAUACAUUUUGUUAUUUUGGAUGUGAUUGUUAAAAGUCUUUUGUAUGGAAGAUACACAAGUUAUCUCUAUUUAAUGUGGCAUUAACUUUAUUUGUACGAAAAUAUCAGUGACGUGUACAUCUGUCAUAACAUAAGUCAAUAGGUUUUGGAAAGGUUAUUCUUGGCCGUGGUGCCUAAAGAAAACAUAAAUCUAAUUUGUUUUUCACCUGUAUAAACAAGUAAGACUAGUGAAGCUUUUUAAUGCAGCUGUCAUUUUGGCCUGGCAGAUUUUGGGCACAUGAUGCCAUAUUAAUAGAAUGAAAAUUAUUAGAUAAUGGAACUAGCUAACUACCACAUUCCCUUAACAAGAUACAGUGCAUGUUUUCUUCAAUGGGGUAUAGGAUGUAAUCAUGUUCAUUUGGUACCCAAAUCAGCUAACUCUACCCAGGAAGAUGUGAGGCUUUUCAGAAAUCUCAGGAGAUGUUCUUUUGUAACAUCUUUACCACUUAAAGCCCUAACAUUGUUCCGGGGUUGCUUGACACCGCAGUAUCACUGAACUCACGGCUUAUUAGCUGAUGGUUCAGUUCAGAUUUGAGAACACUGAUGUUUGUAUUGGGCACACAUGCUCUGCAGGUUUCAUAGUUGGGCUCCAAUAUGAACAUGCUGCCCUUGCCUGCAUGUGCCACCCUAUCAGCACAGGACAUACUGUAACACAUAUUAUGAGAAGUAGUUUUGUAAUAUAAAACCAGUUUAUAUGUGGGAAAUUGGAUGAGGUGUGUGAUAUGAAAGACUGUAACCCUUAAACUGCUAAAUUCUGUAAAAGUCCUACAUCCAGGUACACAGGACAAAAAAAGUAUUGAAACCCCCAUAAGGAUCAAUGUAUUGCAACCUUGUAAGGAUGAUUCACAUAUGGCAUUUGAGAAGUGUAAGGGUUAAAAGAUGAUGAUGAGUGAAUAGUCUUUAAGAAUCUUGUGAAUGACACACUAGUGAGAAGUUUUUUAUCAUUUUAAAUUUGAAUAACUAUUCUUCAUAACAUGCUCAUUUUGCUAAUGGUUAUUAAACAGGAAAUGCCUGAAGUAUGUAGUGUGUUAAUGCUUAGACUAUUAAUGUGACUAUUAAAACAUCAAUGAAAAGUUAUGGGACUAGUAGCCCAGAAUUUUAUUAUGAGGAAAUGAAAAUCUCUUCAGCAAGAACUAAUGUUAGAAUAACUUCGUACACAUUAUCAGGUAAGUAAAUAGAUUCACUGAAACACAUUGCAUAUAAUUAAUUUCAUCAUGUGGGUGUUUGUCAUAGUGUACAACCUAUACUGCGUGUGUUUGUCAAGGGACACACACACACACACACACACACACACACACACACACACACACACACACACACACACACACACACACACACACACACACACACACACACACACCUGCACACCUGUGGUAUGGUGUUUGUCGCAGUGUAUAACCUUUAAUGUGUGUGUUCGUCAAGGGACAACACACGUGUGCGUGCAUGCGAGCACGCACGCACGCACGCACGCACACACACAACACACACAACACACACACACACACACACACACACACACACACACACACACACACACACACACACACACACACACACAAAACUGUGGUACCUAAAAGGUCAAAUAUCCUGUAUUUACCUCACACCAGGAUGUCUGGUCCAUUUCCAUGUAUAAAGAGAAGCUGUACUAUAUACCUCUGAUAAAUAGAUGUGAAAUGAAACACGGAAGAGUGAAUGAACUGUGGGUUUGUGCGCAUGGUUUUGUACGCAUGCAAUAUAUGCUGCCCAUCAUGCCGAGUUGUACCCCUCGUUAAGAGUUUUGAUCUUCAUAUUGUCCGUUUAAACCAAGGAUUGUUAACACACUAUACUAUGUAUUUCUUAAUGACGUAGUCAUCUUUUUAUCGGUCCGAUUAAUCAUUUUAACACUUCGUUUAUAAUGUGACUAGUUCAUUUAAUACUUCAUUUAAAGUCAAGAUGAAGGUCAAAGUAUUUUAGCAAGUGGAACUAGUGUUGAUGGAUGCCAAGUACAAGUGUUUUAUAUGUUAAUUGUGCUUUUGUGGUAGCUAUGCUUACUAAUUCUCAGGUGUCUUUUUCCUGGCAAAGUAUUAUAUCACCAUGUUUGACUUGAUUUUUUUUUUUUAAAUGUUGCCAAAUUCACAAUUUUAGAUAUCAUUUACAGGUCAAGCUGGUUGAUUUCAGCUUUAGCUGGUUGAUGAUAAGACUUGAGGAUGAUAAUACCUUUUCAAGCAGAUUUCAAAAUUUCUAAACUUAGAACUUUCAGGCAUAUGUUAUUACAUUUAGAAACUCAGAAUAUACAUAAAAAAUAUAUAUUAAAGCAACAUGGUCCUAAAUAGUGCAACACGUUACGUAUUCAUGUCAGCAGCCGUUAUUAACUAAUUAUCAUUUUUUAAUCUAUACAGAUAUACAGUAGUCAUGAGUAGCUUCUUUAAUUAUAUAUUAAUGGUAUUAUUUCAAAUAUAUUUUAUUCAUUAACAUUUCAGUUAAAAAAAUGAUCUUAUUGAGGGUUUUAACAUAAAAGUAUUAAUUGAAUCUUGAAGUAUAAAUAUAAAAUUUGGGCUUUUAUAAUGCUUUAAAACAAGUAUAAAAAAAUUUGUGCUGCUUUAGUAUUAUUGAUGGUUAAUAAGUGUGGACGUAAGACGUGCAGGAUUCUAAAGUCGUAUUUAAAUACAUUGGAGUGCACUUGGAAUUAACCUAUGAACUUUAUUCACAUAUUUCUCUUUUAUAAAUGUCCUCGAGACAAAUAAAUAUGCAAAUAGUAAAAAAUAUAAGAAGUUGAGGAUGUAGAGUGACAUCACGCGUGAUGAAGCUACGAGCAAAUGUUGAGAGCGUGCAGUGGGAUGGAACUCUCAUCCCUGGACUCCCCAGACAUACCUUUAUUGUGUCGGUAGCGAGUGUGUCCUGCCAGGGAGGCAGGUUCCUCCCAUCGUAUGCUCACUAUUUUCUCAUGUCAAGGGUCUGAUGCAUCUACAGUUCCUCUUACUUUAGUAACUACAGCAGAAAUAAAUUUACAGUGCAUUUCCUCGUGAUACUUAAGAGAAGAAAAUAUUAUUACUCGGUACUUUAUCCCUCGUUCAUCAUUUCAAAGUUCCGAGAUUUGAUUCUUCUGGGUUCUUAGACUUUCGUAUCUUCCAGACUUUAUUUUUUGUUUGCCUUAAGGCUAGAUCUGAAAGACUUAUCAUAGGUACGUAAGAUGUGUGUGCACAAUUUAUGGAAGUUAAAUUUUUUUUAUUAAUAUUAAAGCAGAAUCUUUUUGUAAUUACAGAAUUGAAAAUAUGCUAUAGUAUUUUCUUAAAAAUUUGUCUUGAUUAACAGCAAGCCAGUCUUACCUACGGACAUUAGUUUAAGAAAUGUUGAGCUAGAUAUACCCACACCUGAGGUUGUGGCCUUUGUUCUCAUGCUUCUCUUCCUUCAAACAUUUGUUCAUAUCUUUUCUUAUUCAUUGCAUUUGUUCUAAUUCACAUUUGUUUAGGAUUUAAAUAAGCUCUACCCCAUUAUUGUCUCUGAUAAGCAGAAUCUUGCUCCAAGCAUUUGUAUGUGGUGCUUUUUAAGUCUUUGUUUUAGUUCAUCGUUAUAUUUGUUUUGAAAUUGGAGAUGAAGUUAGUCAUUGAAAGCAUUGUAAAUUUAGAGGGAGACCUCUCUUGAGAUCAAGUGUUACAAUGAGAACCUAGUCAAAGGUAUGUGAUUAUUGAAAAGUAAUUGUUGGAAAUAAUCUUGUUAACACAUUAUGGAAAUGACAGUGUGACUAAAAAUAAGUGCAGUAUCUUUCUUUCUUUCUUUCCUUUCUAACAAGAAUGAAAUUACCCUGUUGCACUACACCUAUUGGCAAUAAAGAUUUUUAUUCAAAAUAACCGAUUUCUACAAAAAAGUUUCAUUAAAGCAUACACACAUCAUAUCUAGACUCUUCUGUUGGUAGGAUAGAUUUUAAUGAUUUGUGGAUGGCUAAGUCACUUUGGGGUUGUACAAUGUUCUGUACAGUAAAGGUUACAUAUUUUGACCAUUGAUAGUAGGCAUCCAUCAGCCUCAGGAGACUGAUGGCCAUUACUGAGGAGUAAAUUCUCACUGGCCAUGCAAGUACACUUCAUUGAGGUAUAGUAGCAGUUCUUUUUUUUUAAGUUGUUCCGAUCCACUCAUCAGGAAGUUUCAUCCAGAAAGUAGAAGAGGUGGAGGAAAAAAAAAAGAGAGAUGAGAGAAAGCAAAAUUAGUAAAGAAGGCUGUAGGAGCACAAGGCUCAAAAAGUAGACUAAAUGCCAUCCCACUGGGCAUCGAACUUUGACCCAUCAGAGUGCACCAUCGUCGCCCAUCACGCCCCCUCACACCGGCAACGGGCUGGAUAAUAAGGGGUUAAUGAUUUAAGAUUGUUUCAAUAUUCUUUAAUCCUUGGAUCCGAGUUGUGUUCUCUCUUUCUCCUUUUUCCGUCACAUCUAAACUUGCCGUGUGAAAGACAUGCUUUUGAUGAAAGUGAUUUCAUCUCUGAAUUACCUAACCUUUUUCUUGAGGUUAUAAUGCAGGAAUAUUUACCUCAAUGCUAACCAAGCCCCAUGUGGGUUGCAGCUUACUAGGCAGCAGCUGCUUUACAGGAUAGGGCAUCCUAGUCUAGGUUGUUGCAGUCCUGGUGUGGCUUGGAAUGCCCCAGAGUUGGAGCUGAAACCCCCUUUUAAUGAGAUCUUGAAGUGUUUGGUUAUGCAGACAUGCUCAAAGUAUGCGAGUUCAGUACAUGAGGAAGUCAUGUGGGUUUUAUGCAUCUGGAAGACUAAAUCUUCACUAAAGUUUAAGAGUGAAUACCACUAUAUUCAAUCUUUUGGCAGAACCUCCUUAAGUCCCCUCAACCCUGUUUGAUUUAUAAUUUCUUUCAUUUGGUUUCUGUUAGAUACUCUUACUGUAUUUUCAAACUAUGUAGGUAGGAAAGUGGAGAAGCACACCUCCCUUCCCCACUCAGUAGUCUACUUACAUCUUACCAGUGGUAUAUAUAGCUACAAUCUAUCAAGACAAAUUGAUAAGAAUUACUGUUGCAAAAUUUGUUUGUGGGAACUUGUUUCUGUAAUUAGGUUACAUGAUCUUUUUGAAAUCUAGCUGCUUAUACAUUGUAGAUCAUGCAAGUAUUUUGAGUUAUUGACACACGAAGGUGCAUAGUUCAUUAAUUAACAACUGCAGCUUUUAUGUAUGUAAUGUUGAUCUAGGGUAUAAAUAGUUUAUUAGAAACACAAGUCAAAGUGUUAUGAUCUAUAUAUAGUAAUAUUAUGUGCCAAAUUAUCAAUGAAUGUGUGCCAUGCUGUUGCUAUUUUCUUAAGUGAAAAAGCACCAAAAGUCACAAUUUCAAAACUUAUAGAUUAACGAAGGAAAGUUGUCACCAUUUACUUUUGACAUUUUAACAGGCAAGUUUGGUACGUUUUUAAGGAUGCAACAAAAUUUCUAGCUUUUGAUAUCCAAUGAAUCUUUCCUUACUGUACAACACUUACAGUAACUCCACGUACAAGUUGUGCAUGUUGGGAUUGUGCUGUGCUACAUGUCCACUGUGCACAUGUUAGCCUCCACGCUGCCCUCUUACUAAUGUCAUCCUUGACAAAGGUAUGCAGGAAAUGGUGUCAUUGGUUAACUUGAUAUACAUACAGAUUUACUUUCCUGAAAGUAUGUAGUUUGGAGGUGCUUAACCAGUGGUGUAAAAUUUGUUACAUAUAGAUUUUUGUUAUAAAUAUUUUGAUAGUUUUCAACAUAGUUGAGUAAAGAAUAUAGAUCGGGCAGUAGAGGUUUGUUUUCAAUUAAAAUCCUGUUCCUUCUUUUAAGGUGAUGUACAGAAGUAACACCUCUUAGUUAAUGUUUUAGAACUUUAAAACUCUGCAGUCAGGUGUUACAGUCUGUGUAAUAAUUAUACACAUUUCUUUAUUGGGGUUGUUCUCAGUAUUCUCCAAGUGUAAUACCGAGACAUUGGAUUAAGGAAUGGUUUAAGGCUAUUUCCUCGACUGUUCAUUCCUUUCUGUGAACCCGAUUUGUAAAUACUACAAUUACACUGGACUGCUUUGAAUUAUAUUUUUGUUAUUUUUCCUGGUGCUA